UUGUACGAUAGUGAUUUUCAAUAUCUUGAAAGCUCGCCAGUAUCAUUUACUGAAUAGCUGUCGAAAGACCGUUACGUGUGUAGCAUUCUCUCCCGAUGGCCAUUACCUGGUCACUGGUGAAUGUGGACAUGUGCCGAGUGUGCGAGUGUGGGAUCUCACUGACAAUUCACUCGAGUCCGAAUUCGCAGGCCACAAGUAUGGCAUCAACUGUGUUGCGUUCUCACCCAGCCAAAAAUAUGUUGUAUCAGUGGGAUCGCAACAUGACAUGAUAGUCAAUGUUUGGGAUUGGAGAUCGCGAGUAAAAGUAGCAUCAAAUAAAGUUUCAACGAAAGUGAAAGCAGUUGCGUUUUCUGAGAGUGGCAACUAUUUUGUCACUGUGGGCAAUCGACAUGUCAAGUUCUGGUACCUCGAAUACACUCGCUCUGCCAAGUAUAAGGAGCCGGUUCCAUUGGUGGGUAGAUCGGCGAUUCUUGGUGAACAGAGGAACAAUGAUUUCUGCGAUGUGGCAUGCGGCAAGGGAGAGAUGGGCGACUCCACUUAUGCCAUCACCAAAUCUGGAUUAUUGUGCGAAUUCAAUAAUCGCAGGCUGCUCGAUAAAUGGGUCGAGCUGCGAACAAGUAGCGCAAAUUGUAUGGCAGUCGGCGAACGUAAUAUUUUCAUUGGCUGUGCAGAAGGGAUUGUGCGAUGUUUCAAUCCAGCCACCCUUCAGUUCAUCACUACUCUUCCCAGAACCCAUUACCUUGGAGUAGAUGUAGCUGAAGGUCUUUCCAUUAGUCAUAUGGCACAUCAUCCUACCAAUGCAAAGUACCCUGAUGCCAUAGCUUUAGCUUACGAUGAACGUAAUCACAAAUUAAGUUGUAUUUAUAAUGAUCAUAGUCUAUAUGUAUGGGAUGUGAAGGAUAUUAAAAGGGUGGGCAAAUCAUAUUCGUUUUUGUAUCAUUCGGCAUGUAUCUGGGCUGUAGAAAUGUAUCCCGCUAUCAACGACGAAGCUAUGCCUCCAGGUUCCUUUGUUACUUGCUCUAGCGACGAUACAAUACGGUUUUGGAAUCUAGAUAAUUCAAACGAAUCAAAUAAUAAAACUAUGUACAGAAGGAAUAUAUAUAGCAAUGAACUGCUGAAAGUGAUGUACAUAGACCCAGAACUGAACUAUUUGAAAAAUAUGGAUUUAUCGGGUGCUGAAAAAGGUGAUAAUAUGUCUUAUGAUGGAAGAAAUGGAGUCAGAUCUGUUCGAAUCAGUCCCAAUGGUAAACAUUUGGCAUCGGGCGACAGAGCUGGCAAUAUUCGAAUCCAUGAUUUGAACUCACUGCAACAGUUGUGUCUGAUUGAAGCACAUGAUGCUGAAGUUCUGUGUUUGGAGUAUUCACAAUCCUGUUCCAUCCAUGAGACAUCUGAUAAUACUUCCUGUAAUUUUCUGGCGUCGGCAUCAAGAGAUCGUCUCAUUCAUGUAUUCGAUGUAGACCAGGAUUAUAAUUUUGUACAAACGUUGGAUGAUCAUUCGUCUUCAAUUACUGCUGUACGGUUCUUGAAUACUCAAAAUCAACUGCAAAUGGUGUCAUGUGGGGCUGAUAAAUCUAUUAUAUUCAGACAACUUCAAGGGGGGCAAUUUUCAAGAGGCCAUAAUGCAGCAGGAAAAACAACCCUGUAUGAUAUGGAAGUAGAUUGUAUGCAAAAGCAUAUUUUAACUGCUUGUCAAGAUCGCAACAUUCGUGUUUAUAGUAUAAAUAGUGGUAAACAUACGAAAACAUUCAAGGGCUCUGUUGGUGAAGAUGGUUCCUUAAUUAAGGUUAGUUUGGAUCCAAGUGGAAUAAUUGUAGCGAGCAGUUGCACGGACAAAACAUUGUGCAUAUACGACUAUUACUCGGGAGAAUGCCUGGCGACAAUGUUGGGCCAUUCAGAGCUGGCCACAGGUCUGCGUUUCACUAAUGACUGCAGGCGACUCAUCUCUGCGUCGGGUGAUGGCUGCAUAUUCGUCUGGAAGGUUCCUCAUGAUCUGGUCGUCACUAUGCAUGCACGGCUGUCUCAGCAAGCUGCAAGAGCUGGCAAGAAGUUGAAUGGCAUCGGUAUAAUUUCUGAAGCUGAAAACUUUGGAUCAGGGUCACUUGAAAUGUUGGAUCCAAAUGCAAAUACUGUUCCAACUGAUAAUGAUUAUAGGUUCAGUGUGGGUCAAUUGCCGUUAUGGGCUAAAAAGCAGAUGUCUGUUCCUUUGAGUGGAGCCAAUCCUCGAAUAGUGGAAGUGCCAAAAGGCAGAUGGGCCCAGCGUAUUCGCCCCACUGGUAUAACUGUCAAAUCUGUCUUUGAUAGUGACAGUAUCAUUCCAUUUCCGUUGACUUCAGGUAAUGACAGUGAGAAAAGAUUAGAUUCUGACGGGUCAAAAGAAGACAGUUCUAUUGACAGUGGCACUGAAACUAGCAGGUCAUUGUUUACUGAAGUUAAAAGAGAAACGAUCAGCACUCAAAAAAAGCUGAUCAGCAGUAAAAUUUCUGUUACUAGAGGUAGUGAUAUGACUGAAAUAAACAGUUUUCAACGGAAUAGGCAUCAUACAGAUGACAGCUCUUUGGGUAGUUUCAAGUUCGAGGAUAUUGAAAGCACAGAACAUGAUGGAGAUGUAGAAGACUAUUCAGAAGGUGACUCUACUGAACCUGAGCCUAGGAGUCAGCUGCUCAUCUAUUAUCCUGCAGCUCAUGAGGAAACUAACAGCGACUACACGGUGAAUGCGAUGGAUGUGGAAGAAUUGCGGAGAUCUCAGAGAAGGUCAAAAAUGAAGAAGCAUGGAGGCACUGUUACUAGUGACUUGUUGCUUGUGGGAGGAGAAACGUCGCAGUCUCAAUCGGUGUCAGGCAGUCAGGAGAGCGAGGAUGACGAUGUAACGACGCCCGCUACACCAAAUCCAAAUUGCUCAGAGGCGAUAGAUUUGCUGAGUCAUAGAGAAAAGUUCCUGAAAAAUACAUUUGAAUCGCUUAGUGGUCCAGAAAUGGAUAAGGAGCAAUCUCCACCAGGAAAGCGAAGUAUUUCUUCUCAGCAUGUUGUUGGCAGUGGACCACCGCGUAACAGUAAUGUUAUUCAAGCUGCCAGGCAUGCAAAGAAUGAUGCUGACACAACAAGGAAGCGGGAAGAACUUUCACGUAGAAUAGAAGAAACGCGUAGGAAACUUCAAAGUGUUGGUUACAGAUCAAAUUUGAAAUCGAGCCAGAGCAUACAAGACUUGAGCCCGAGAGGAAAUUCCUAUCACGAUAAUUCUUGGAAAAUGCAGCAGAUGCAUCAACAAUCAGUGCCUAUGCCUUCAUCAAAAGUUCAUAAUAAGUCGGCCAACUUAGCUGAAGAAGACACAAAAUCAUCUGGUGGGAUCCGACGUGCUUGUUCGUUGAGUGAUUUAGCCAAUCCUAUCCCAGGAAGACAGCGAAUCAUGCAUGCUGGCUCUAACCAACAAGGGAAAGGUCCUGUGAGAAACACUCGCGUCACAACCCGUCAUACUUUCAACAAACCAUCAAGCAACAUGACACGUAGCUGUUCAGUCGGGGUUCUCAACCAGAGUGAUUCUGAAAGUGAUUUGCAUCAUCCAAUAAGAAAUGUAUCAACUAUGCGAGUGAUGCGACCGACCAUCUCUUCGCAGAAUAAAGUAAAUAGCGGUGGCUUGACAUCGAAAGCCUCGGCUGCUGCUGCCAAUAGAAGGCGAGGCAUAUCGGGCGCAUAUUCAAGUUUGAAUCUUAGUCAAGCAGUUGAAAAUGAGGACACUAGUUCUGAGGAGGGAAAAGGCGGUGCUCCUGUCGCCACGAGGACUCGAAGCUCAAGUCAAGACAGAAUCAAUAUCUCAACAGCUGAUCAGCUCGAUCACUGAGCAACUGCAGCGGGCAGCAGACAGCGUGGUGCAAUUGCACAAAAGACUCGAGCAAGAGUCGGCAUUGGAUGAUGGCGAACGCCAAAACCUGCUUGGAGGGCUGAAAGCAGCUGUUAGUGAGGCUAACAACACAUUACGCUUGCGUAUGAUGGAACCCAGUGCCUCUGCCUCUGAUGUCACCAAGCUACAAGAAGCUCUACUUCUAAGUAGCAAUGGAUGCUUACCAUCAUCCUCUUCGACAGAAAAUAAUAGUGAUGUUGUGUCAAUGAUGCAACAGUAUUCCGACAUUUUAGUGUCACUUGUGCAACAGCGUAUGACAAAAGAAGCUAAAAAGUAACGUUUUCGAUUUGUUCAAUGUUGGUCCAGUUUGAUGUGGUGUGAGAGUAGCUUAUGUGUGUAACUCUUCAACAAUUUUGCUGAUAUUAUUAUGUGAUUGUGUUGUGUAUUUCUCAAAUAAAGAACAUGUCCCUUUAAAGUCGUUGAUCUUCAUACCCCAGUAUUGAGUAGUUGCUAUGAGGAUCCCUCCUGAUCUAUCACUCCCGUUUCAAAAACUAUUCUUCAAUGUAUUAGUUUAAUAAAUUAUAAUUGAAAAUUCACUUUAUAACUAACUGGAUUUUAGUCUAAAGGUUGUAUCAAUCCGAAUUUUUAUAGGAUAAUGUUAAAUUUAAUUUGUACUUGGAAAAUAAAAAAUGAUUACUGGAUUUUAGUCUAAAGGUUGUAUUAAUCCGAAUUUUUAUAGGAUAAUGUUAAAUUUAAUUUGUACUUGGAAGAUUAAAAAUGAUAAUUGUGUGUGCAAUGACUGUGUGAUGCAUAUUAAUAGAGCAUGCAAAUAUUAAGUAUCCGUGGUUCACUUCAAAAAAUACUUUUAGAAUAUUAUAUUACUUUAUUCUGUUGGGAUAUUCAUUAAACUAUUGUCAGUCAAUAUGAUGAAGAAAAAUACUAGUGAAUGUGGAGUUCUUUGCAUGAUGAUUUACGAUACGUCAUAGUAUUAUUAUUAUUGAAUAAAAGGCUAUGUUUUCCAGUUAUUGACAAGUUGUACUUGUAGUUUUAAAUCGUAUAAAGAUUUAGCUUGUUAAGUAUUGUACAAUGGACCAGAAGCAGAUGAUUCAAUCUCAAGAAAAAGGUCGGCUGUGCAUACUGUCCACUGCUGCAAUUCAACCUUUUCUUUGUGUAAAGAAAUCUUUAUAAAUCGGUUUUAGAGGUUUAAUUGAGUAAUAGUGAUACAAAAACUACUGAAGAUCACAUUAGAAUUUCUGACAUCAUCCCAUCGUGGCACCAUUAACUACCCUCACCAAUUAACUGGCUCCAGGAGUUCGCUCGCGAUAUUCCUGUUGUUGUUGUUCUAUGGCUAAGCAGAAAACUGAAGGCUCAACGUGAGAAAAUGAAAACACCCACCAACAUUAUCUAACAAAUUAUGAAAUCUCUUAAGAACCUUAUGAAAAGCCCAAUCACAAAGCUACAUGUUCAGCCUGGCACUGUACAACAUGUUUGAUGUAGAUUUUGAUGUAUAACAGUAGAAAACCUCUACAUUUUCAACUCUUAUUGCUUAAACUAAUAGAGUUUCAUGUAUUUUGUUCAAUUUAUCUUAAAUUGAACUUUUUUAAUUUAAUUGAACUUUUUCACUUUUACUCUUGUCUUUUCCAUGCUUUGAGAUCAAAUUUUUAACAUUAGAAAAAUUGUACACGUUACAAUACCAUAAAGUUUUUUCGCUCAAGUAUUGAAUUUUACGGUAAUCAGCUACAGAUAACUUGACACAAUUCAUAUGAAAAUACAAACUACUGUUACGUUUAACCAUUUAUAACAGAAACCUUCUCAUUUCAAAGCAUUAUAAUGUAUUCUCAACUAUUUUCGAACACACACGGCAUACAAACAAAUGCCAUUAAUAUCAAAUUAAAAAAAAAUCAAUGCCAUCUUUAUAAAAAUCCAAAAAAUAUCAGAAAAAGGUCGUCUGCCCCAACAGUUUAUAGGUGUCAAUAGUUACUAUUUGUCAGUAUUAUAAAUCAUUAUAAUCGUAUAAUUUAUAGUUAGCAAUAUUAUUCAACUUAUUUUCCAUCCAUCAUCUUGAAUAAAUUAAGAUUUGAAAGUUGUAUUUAAACCAAUGGAAAAUUUAUGCUCAGAUGUUUAUUAUUAUCUUGAAUUUUUAAAAGUAUAAUUUUUGUGAUAAUUAUAGUCUUUUCUAACAUCCUAUCGAUAUCAAUACUUUUGUGGUUGGGAUAUUUCUCAAUCUGCCAUCUUGUGUUAUUCUAUUAUGAGAUUCACUAUGAACUGUCAGCAUUCCUUAUAAAUAACAUCAAUGCUCCCCAUUCAAUCAAUGCUGACAGUUUGAAGUGAAUCUCACUACAGCUCACUUCAUUCUAUCAUUUUGUCUUCUUCAUGAUUUAUUGUAGAAUGAUAAGUAGCCUACAUAACUGCAUAACUACCAUUUCACAACAAUGCUUUUCAAAUUCCUUAGAGAGAGUCCAUUUUCAUAUUCCUCACUUGAUACUACUGAAAUAUGAGAUAAAAUAUGUAAGUGAAUUUGUUGAAUUCAAUUUAAACUUCGCUCUGGUGAUGCAUGUUUUGAGUUAUAUGGUUUAUAACUUGAGUGGACCCCGAAAUAAGAAAUUUAUUUAAUUAAAAAAAUUAAGAAAUAUUAAAGAUAAGAUUAUAAUAAUAAUAAUUAUAAUAAAGAUAAUAUAACAAUCUAUAUAAUAUUGCUGGUUGUGAGGACAAGGCUUGAGCUAGGAGAGGAAGGGGGUAGUGUAAGUAGGUCCCCUCUUCAAGUGGCGCUGUGGGAAAAUCACCAAUUAUCCCCAAAGAUAAAAAAAAUCAUCCAACUUGAUAAAUAACUGAAAUAUAAUGUAAUUUAAUGGAAUCACAGUUACUUUAAAAACUAUGUUUAAAAUAUCAUUGUACUUAAUUUUAAUAUAAUGUUUUUUGUUAUAAUUUACUGUAAAAAUGUUGUGUAACAUAUUUCUGUAUUUUGUUGUUAUUUUCAUUGCUACCUAUUAUAAAAAUUGUGUAAAAAUAACAAUGUAGAUAACUUUGUAAAAUGUUGGUCAAUUUUAUAUUUGCACUCAAAAUAUUACUCACGAUUCACCACCAUUAUUCUUUAAUUUUGUCGAUGCUCAUAACAAUUUUGAAGUCUGUUCUUGUACAGGAAUAUUAAUUGUAAGUGAAUCUCAUUUUGUGAAAAUGAGGUUGUCAGUAGUCAAAUAUUAAUUGGCAUAGAGGUAAUUUGUCCUAUUUGCUGCAUAGAUACGUAUUUAACUCGAAUAAAUGCUCUUCAAAGAAUAAUAUAAAACUAUUGUUGAUUAGAUUAAACAUCACAUUCACUUCCAGUUGUUUUCAUUUUAAUCUUUCAUAAUAUGGAAAUUAAAAGUUGAUAUUAAUUUUA